AUGACUCACCUUUGCAGGACGGUCUGGGCAAUUGUUGCAGCCAUGACGGAUCGAUUAAUCACUCCUCAGGGGUUCCACCUUGAAGGAAAUCGAUUAGAUGUCCUGACUUCCGGCCCCAUGCCAUACUUGCCAAGAAGCUGCGGCGACAUGUGCAGAUUCAACCUUGCUCCUGUCCCGUACGCACGGAGACACCAGUGGUUGCCGACGGAUUACGCGUCGGGAUCAGUUGCCAAUCUCAAGAAACGAAUGCACUGUUCAAGAUCCGCGAAAAGCACCGACUCGACGAGCUACGCUGCACGCAUACCCGCCAAUGUCGCCUCCAGUAACAUUGGCCUCCGACAUACGGAUAGCGCCACACGAUAA